AUGGGUGGAAGUGAUAACUUCUCACUAUUCGUUCAUCAUGGUGGAGAGUUCCGUGAAGUUCAGGGCUUUGAUGCUUAUGGUGGGGGUAAAAAGGUAGGGUUUCAUGACCUUGAUGUAGAUAAGUUUGGUUUUUUUGAUUUGAAGGAUUUAGUGGAGAGUUUGGGUUAUUCUGGAUGGGCUAAGUUAGUCCAUGUCAAACCUAAAUCAUAUGUAUUUAGGGUAAUCAAAACCGAUAAAGAGGUGAUGGAUAUGUUGGGUUUCCUUACAGAUGUUAAUAGAGUUGUUAGCGUUUUUGUGGAGGGGGAGAUUAGGAAGAGUGAUGUUGGGGCAGUUGAUGAGGGUGAUGCUGGGGCAGUUGAUCAGGGAGAUGCUGGGGAAGGGGAAGAUGAUCAGGGAGAUGAUGGGGAAGAUGCUGAGGGAGAUGUUGGGGAAGGGGAAGAUGAUCAGGGAGAUGCUGGGGAAGGGGAAGAUGCUGAAGAGGGGACAUAUGAGCCUUCUCUUAAGGACUUAUUGUCAAACUUGCCUACUAUAGAUUUAAGUGGAGGGGAUUGGGUGCUUGAAAGGUAUGAUGGAGGAUUAACAACUGACUCAGAGGAAGAGUAUCUGCCCUCUAAUGCUGAAGAAAGUGAUGAUGCAGAUGAUGAUAACAGGGAGGGUUUAGAUGAUGAUAACAGGGAGGGUUUAGAGGAUGAAGGCUAUGUGGCUGUUAAGAAAAAGCAGAGGGAAAGGAUGGGAACAUCUGCAAUAGCAUGGGGAGUGGUCAGUGUUGAGAACGAGGUGAAUUGGAGUUGGUUUGUCAAGCAUCUGGUAGAUGAUCUCGAGAUCGGCAGUGGUGAAAACUACACCUUCAUCAGUGAUCAACAGAAAGGGCUGAUGAAUGUUGUGAGAAAUUAUGCUCCAAGGGCAGAGCAUCGGAAUUGUGCCCGCCACAUCUACAUGAAUUGGAAGAAAGACAAUAAAGGAGCAACUUUGAAGAUAAUAUUUUGGAAGGCUGUCAGAGCUACAACCGAACAACAAUACAAGAAGGUGCUUGAGGAGAUGAAGGCUGAGAGUGUUGGAGCUUACUAG